AUGGUUCGUAGGUAUAGCAGUGUUUCGGCUGACUUUCAAUCGAGGAAUAAACGUUUGGAAGAAGGUAAUUCAGGAGCGAAAUCUUCCUGGAGGUGGUUUGAUCUUGUAAAGUCAGCACCAGCAGUACAAAGUCUGGCUUCAAGGACAGAGAAUACGAAAAAAAAGAGCAAGGAACUGGAAGAGAAAGAAACAAUCGUAGGAUGUUGCCACUGUUGCGGAAUAGUAUUGACCUACCCCAGCGACGCAGGAAAGUAUAGGUGCUCAGUCUGUAAUACAACAAACAUGUUAGCAAGUCUCGAGUCAGUUCUGAAACUGCGCCUAGCUUCACAGAAGGGCGAUGACUUUCCGCAUGUUCUUUCUUACCGCUAUGUAAAGAAGUUGGUUGAUAACUGCCUUGAUAACGCUAACACUUUGACAGAAGACGGUCAGCCGAAAUCUACCCAUGAAAUAUUUGAACCUCUCCUGAACUACCUAUUAGGGGCAUUUAAAUCCAUAGAAUGCCUAAAUAACUCUUUUAAAAUUAACAAGCGCAGUACGCAUCUUCAUUAUUCGAAAUUCAAUUUAAACAGAGAGGACAUUAGAGCAACUUUUGAGCUACUAUCUAAACUACCAACGAGACGGCCUCUAUAUUAUUCUUUGACUAGUGCUUCGGAAUCCUUAAAAAGAGUUUACAUAACAAGCAAUAGUCCUAAAGAUUUGAUAUGGAUAUUAGUUUUAUUUGAGAUUCCCUUCCUCAGCCGAGCAUUAGUUAAUAACCAUAAUUCUAUUGUGGAUGACCCCGAAAUAAAGAACUUAUGUUAUGAUAUAUUGAAAAGAUGCUUAGGGCUCAUGGCUAACUUAGGUUGCACUGUUGCAGAUAAUUAUAUCACGAGCUGGUUCUCUUUAUUGACAGGUGAUGAAUUUAUACAGAAAGUCGAUUUGAUAAAUUUGUAUAUCACUUUUCAAUUAAAAAGGUAUUAUUAUAUUGCGAACAACCCAGAGUUGCUGAGAAGAAGGUCUACUAGUGCAGUGCCGUCGAGCUCCAACAGAGGACAUCCUUCUGAUAAUGAAUACAUAGAAAGUCUUAGGAUCAAAGAUGAAUUGCAGCUGGUACCUGAAGGGAGAAGUAGUAUUUUCAACAUACCCGUUGCUGAGAGCAUUGGGACAUCAUUACCUCUGCGGACUAGUAGUAAGAAGAGAAAUGACUCGAAGAUUAAAGUCCACCAAUAUGGUGGUGAUUGGCAUAUCAAAUCUGCAUCCAUUGUUUUAUUAGCAUUUCUAAGAGCAAAUUCCAUAAGACAUGAGAAAGUUCCAAUUCACACAUUUUAUAAUUCGUUAGUGGAUUUCGUGAAUAUCAAAAUGGAUUUCGAUUCAUGGCAGAGCACUAAGAAAACUUCAAAGACUUCACCGGCAAAAUCACAAUCUAACGUUCCGGAAAUACAGACCGUGAUAGAGUAUAUUCAUGGAGUCUCUCAGUUUGACUCCUCCUCAUACUUCUUCUGUCUGUACCCAUUUUUAGUUUCUCUCGGUGCUAAGAUAUCUGUCCUCGAAUAUGAAGCAAGGCGACAAAUGGAAAGAAAAGCUGAGGAAGCAUUUAUCAACUCUUUAGAUCGAAAGGUUGCUAUUGAUGUUUAUUUCAAAGUGAAGGUUAGAAGAGACUUCAUUGUUCAAGACUCUUUAAGGGCUAUUCAAUUGAACCAACAGAAUUUGAAGAAGAGUUUGAGAGUACAAUUUAUAGACGAACCGGGGAUUGACGCUGGUGGGUUGAAAAAGGAAUGGUUUCUUCUACUUUCAAGGGCUCUUUUCAGUCCACAAGCAGGAAUGUUAUCGUGCAUUGAAGGGUCUAAUUUAUUAUGGUUCAAUAUCGUGCCUAUUGAUAAUAGUGAAAUGUACUAUCUCUUUGGAGUUGUCUUAGGACUUGCGAUAUAUAACUCUACGAUUUUGGAUUUGAACUUACCAAUGGCCUUAUACAAGUUACUUUUGGGGAAAACCGUUAAUUUCGAGGACUACAAACAAAUCUUUCCUGAUUCUGCUUCGAAUUUGAAUAAGUUGAGAGAUUUCGACGACGAUACUUUGAGUGAAUUGGAUCUCACUUUCGAAGUUACUUAUUCUAAUCUUUUUGGAAGAAAUUAUACUCAAGAAUUGAUCCUGAACGGUUCCAAUGUAACAGUCACGGCAGCCAAUAGAGACAAAUAUAUUGAGAGAUAUUCGCAAUUUUUUUUGUGGGAUGGAAUCAUUCGUCAGGCACUGACGUUUGUUAGAGGAUUUAAUAAUGUAGUUGGUGGUAACGCUUUAUCGCUAUUUCUGCCAGAGGAGAUAAACUUGUUAAUAUGUGGUAGCAGUGAGACAAGAAUCGACAUCGAUAUUCUCAUGUCUGUUACGAAAUAUAUAGGGUGGCCAAAUAGGAACGAAGCCAUCGCGUCUCCCCUAGUGCAAUGGUUCUGGGAAAUUUUGAGAUCUGCUUCAUUUAGCUACCAUAAGAAGUUCUUGAUAUUUGUGACAGGAUCUGAUAGGGUGCCUGCCACUGGUUUGCAAAACUUAACUUUCAGACUUAGCAGAAUAGGAAAGGACUCUAAUAAGCUACCAAUAGCUCAUACCUGUUUUAAUGAAUUGGCAUUAUUCGAUUAUAGCUCGAAGCUGAAAUUAACUACUAAAUUGAAUGUUGCAGUUUAUGAAAGUUCAGGUUUUGGUAUUAAGUAG